AUGUCAACAUAUGACCAAUAUCAAUUUAGUUCUUACUUAAAUGAAGAUAGAUUAGAUUCAAAUGAAUCAAAUGAAUUAAACGCAUCAGAUCUAUCAAAAAACCCUAAUGACCCAGAAAUUGAAUAUAUUGAAUCGAACUCAAACUUACCUGAACAAUCAAUAUCGCAUAAUAAUGGCGUUACUGUUAUUGCCAACAGUUUAGGUAAAAAAAUCCUAAAAAAAAAAGUUUUUACUCAAAGCAAAAGAUCAAGGCCUAACAAAAGUUGGGUGUGGCAUUAUUUUAGACAAAGUAAACCUGAUAAAAAAGCAUAUUGCAAAGUUAAAAUUAUGCAAGAUGGCAACAAAGUAGUUUGUGGUCAUAAUUAUGAGUUAACUACUGGAACAGGAAACUUAAAAGCCUAUUUACGCCAAGUUCAUAGAAUUUUACCACCUGAAGAAAAUAAUAAAAAUGUUCAAUUAACCAAUAUAGUUUCAAAUCAACCAUCAUUAUAUGACUUUAUAAAUAAAAAACGCCCUUACCAUCUUUUAAACAAGAAAAAAUUAUAA